AUGAAUCGGACUAACUACGAGACCGAUUUGGAAAUUUGGUCACAAUUUUUAAUUAGAGUGUUCGAUGGAAAAUCCCACUGGAUCAAUGUUUUCUCUGUGGUCCUGUAUCUCGUUAUCUUCUUCGUGAGUUUGAUCGGAAAUGUACUAACUUGUGUCGUCAUCUAUUCGGUAAAAUCAAUGCAUACAGCUACCAACUAUUACCUCUUCAACUUGGCCGUCUCAGAUCUGAUUGUGACCUUCACCAAUUUAGCUGACAUCUACGACUUCCUAACAGACUUCUCUCAGAUCGACGACAUCACUUGCAAAUUGAGGUUCUUCUUCAUCACCUGUCUGUGGAACAAUGGGAUUCUCAUGAUGACGAUACUGGCUAUUGAAAGGUUUUUAGUGAUCUGGUAUCCGUUGAUGCUGAGCACGUCACCCGUUUGGAAGCGCGUGUCCAAAAUUAUCACGGCGAUAUGGAUAAUAGCUAUCCUCGAAUCGUUGCCGGAUAUAUGGACCGUGAAAAUUAUUAAGACGAAGAAAGUAUCUAUAUGUUUCACUGUACCGACAGAGGUGGCGAGGACGAUCAAUGGUGUUUUAGCUCUAUUUACGUUCGUGAUUCCGCUGGUGAUCAUGAUUUUUGUGUAUGUCAUGAUCGCUAUUAAACUGAAUGAGAACGAAAAGUCGAACUCGAAGGGCAAGAUCUUCAACCAUCGCGACAAUAGACGUCGAGUAAAUAAAAUUAUUGUAGCACUGACGGGAUCCUUUCUAGUCUGCUGGCUUCCGUUCUUCACUUACCGGAUCAUGAUAUUUGCUUACGACAUGGAGCAGUUAAUGAAAUUUGAAUGGUGGUUCAGCACAGGAAUUCGAAUCACUUUGAUUAACACUUGGUUCAGUGUGGUACUCAACCCAAUUCUCUUCAGCCUCAUGUCCACCAAGUUUAGAAGAGCCUUAAAAAUGUUAUGGACGAAAAAGACAAAGCGAGAGAAACCAGUAAAAAUCGACGCCAUUUCUUAA